AUGUUCAACGGUCUUCACACUCUCCAACCAAUGCCUCCAAGCGAUGCCGAACUCGCCACUCAAACGCUGACGGAAGAAGGGAACUACAAGUUUGCAUCGUUUUCGGCAAAUGAUGCAGUGACUCUGGGAUUGUCCAUGAGAAAGCGGUUUCGAGCGUCUGCCCGUCAUCAUAAAGGAAAAGGACUCGUCCUUUCCAUCCAAACAACAGGAGGGCAUACGCUGUUCGCCUGUACGGUUGGCGACUUGGGAAACCUUAGUGGUAUCAGUGAUGUCAGCCUGGAUAGUUGGUCGUGUCUGGAAGGCAUGAUCAGCGUCGUCAAGCGUACUGGCCACUCGAGCUUUUACGUCGAGAAAGGGAUGAGUGCAAUGGGAAUGACACCGAAGCAAAUGGGGAUUCAAGGAGAUUCGUUUAGAGUGAAUGGAGGAGCUUUUCCAAUCUGGCUUGAGAACGCGCCUUGCUGCCCAAUCGCUAUAAUCGCGUGCUAUUCGGGUUCUUCGCAAGACGAUCACCAUCUCGUCUCGACCACAGUGCGGGAUUAUUUGAUCAAACUGCGAAGAAGUAGCGAGACACCUGCGCCGAGUAUGCCGGAACCCAUCCCUAUGCAACCUCCACGAGAAAGCCAGGAAUGGUUACCAGAUCCACCUGGUGCUGGAGAAUACGAAAAACGGCCUCAAUCUCCCUAUCAUCAGAAUAAUGGCGAGCAAUAA